AUGAUUGAAGCAAAGGCUGCAGGAGCGCGUACUCAAGGAAAAGCGCACGUGGGCCUGGCGUUCGACGGCGACGGCGAUUCGCGUGAUGAUGGGGACCAUCUGGGCAACAAGGUGGACGGCGAUCAGAUCCUGUACAUCAUCGCCCGUGAAGGCCUGCGUCAGGGCCAGCUGCGCGGCGGCGCAGUCGGCACCCUGAUGAGCAAUAUGGGACUGGAGCUGGCGCUGAAACAGCUGGGCAUUCCGUUCGCUCGCGCCAAAGUGGGUGACCGUUACGUGCUGGAGAAGCUGCAGGAGCUGGGUUGGCGCAUCGGUGCGGAAAACUCCGGCCAUGUGAUCCUACUGGACAAAACCACCACCGGCGACGGCAUCGUGGCCGGGCUGCAGGUGCUGACCGCCAUGGUGCGCAACCACAUGAGCCUGCAUGACCUGUGCAGCGGCAUGAAGCUGCUGCCGCAGAUCCUGGUCAACGUGCGCUUCGCCGGCGAUCACAAUCCGCUGGAGUCCGACGCGGUGCGUAAAGUCACCGAGCAGGUGGAAGCCGAACUGGCCGGCCGCGGCCGGGUGCUGCUGCGCAAAUCGGGCACCGAACCGCUGAUCCGCGUGAUGGUGGAAGGCGAGGACGAACAGCAGGUGACCGCGCUGGCGCAUCGCAUCGCCGACGCGGUGAAAUCCGCUGGUUUUAAAACAGACAGUUAG